UCCUGCACUUCUGCAAAAAUCUCCCACUGGAAGCAACACUUAGUUCUAAAUAAUGCAGGUCUAUUGUAGGAUACCUGUCGCAUGUUAAAGCCAGUGUAAAGGAAACCAAACAGAACAACGGGCAUCUUUAGCAGGAAAGAUCUUAAUGAAAUUAAUACUAAAUAUUGAAAACAAAGUUAUCUUCACUCUAAUGAAGACAUGCAUGCAAAAGCCUUGCUUACUUGGUAAAUAAUGCAGAGAUACUCAGUAGGAUGCAUAAUUUUCACCGCAAACCUCUUAUAGCUGGACAAUAGCUGCUUAAAGUAUAGUUUUUAUUUUUAUGACAAGCAAAAUAGUAAUGUAAAAAAUUAAUAUAUGUUUCAGUAAACAGUAGCACCAAGUAUAGAUUAGAUGUGCAAAUUGUAUUGGACAAUCUGAAAUGAAAAAAAAAUGGGAUGCUCACAUACAAUGUUAGGAAAGUUUUCAGGGAAGAAAAUAAAAAAUCUUUUUUUAAACAACUUUAAUUUUUUUAAAAAGUAUAUUAUUAGUAAAUAGAAUGAUUUCAAUUUAGAAAUAGUGAGCAAAUAAGGAGAGUACAACAGGGCUGGCUUCAAAUUUUAUGUCAAAAUUUAAAAUGUACCUCUCCAGCCUUGCUUGAAAUACAAUCCUUUAAAUGGGAAUCUAGGCCCUCUUGAUUUGUAUUUUCAAUUUCAGACCUCCAGUUGACCUGUUAGUUCAGUUCCAGCCAACUCCAGUAAAGACUGUGUUUUAUUUUUCCCACUAUUAUUUAAGAGGAGUUUGAUUUACUCUAUUUGAAGACAAUUAAAUUCCCUGAAAGGAACAUUAAAUUCAUUUUAAUCUGGCCUCUCUCUGGUGCCGCAUGUGCUUUGUUUACAACUGCACUCACACAGUUGCGUCAUUGCCGCAUUUACUGAUCAAAGAUCCUCUAUUGUAGAGACGAUAUCUCGGUAACAUUUUCACAGGCGCAUUUACUUCACUCUUUGUACCAAGAAAUAUAAUCAGAGUGAGAUGUCUUUACUUGGGCAAGCGUGAGGAAAAGCCAAGAUGUCUCCGUGGUCAAAGUCGUUGAGUUUGUCAUGCAGGAGGAUAUUAGCCACCUGUGUACGACAGCACUCUUCUCUCACAACUGAACUGAUUCGAAACAUGGAUAAGAAAGCAACCUGGGAUCGCUUCUACACUGAGAACAGCAGCCGGACACCCACUUUCAAAAACUUUGAGUGGUUCUUUGGUUUCAAUUUUGUCCAAGACGUUAUUAUGCCUCUGAUACAGACUAUGUCCCGUCCAGAUGCUUUGCUCCGAGUUUUGGAUAUGGGCUGUGGCACAUCUGCACUAGGGCCCUCUAUUUACAGACACUCUUUUCUCCCUGUCAGCGUCACUUGUGCCGACAUUUCCCCUGUGGCUGUGCGACUCAUGCAGGAGCACAUUCAAGCUAAAGCCAUUCAGCCUCACAAUGCUUCUUCUCAGCUUGAGUUUUUAGAGCUGGACUGUACGCAUCUGGACAAGCACUUUGGUUUGAGCAGUGUGGACAUUAUUGUUGAUAAGGGCACCACAGACGCCUUGUUGAGGUCCAAGGAAGGGAAGGGGAAAGCUGGCGUGGUGCUGAAGCAGUGUUUGAAGGUGUUGCGGAGCUCAGGAUCCUUACUUCAGUUUUCUGAUGAGGAUCCUGAUGCUAGACUUCUGUGGCUGGAGACUGAAGCUCAGGAUCCAGGGGUGAUGAGGGCAGAUGUUGGGGUGCAGGAGGUCGGGGAGCUAAGGGGAGUGUGUUACUACUGCUACCAAGUGACUCCACAGCCUGUUGUAUCGAAGUGAUUUCCUACGUCUGAACUGUAACAAAAUGAAAGAAGUAAAUUGUUGAACAUUAUUGCAAUCAU